UCAGCAUCAGUUUGAAGUCAAAUCUGACAGCCACUGCUUUGCCUGGUCCUAUUCCCGUCAUUUCCACUCUCUGGUGGUCAUCCCGUCUCGUUUAAGAGUUCAGUCGGGACUGUGGGAGCGCGUCUGCUUGCUGUCUUCAACUUGGGGUGAAGAAAGACAGGGGAAACUCCUCGGGAUUCUCCGUACACCGAGCUCUGAUCCGGAUAUUCUGUUUGACGUGUUGAAGUGCUUAUUAAGGAGAAUUCUGGGGAGAUUUCUUGCUCUCUCAUUCCUCAAGGAUGAAGCAGCACAGUGGACGUGUGUACUGAAACAGCUCCCACUUUUAAUCUUCCCAUUCCAGGAUGAACCAUGAGCAAAGGUUGUGAGGGCCUGUUUCUAUCGUCCUGUUGUACAGUGAGGCAGUGAGCUCACGGUGGAUACAGCAUGCAUGUGUCGACGUAUCCCAUGAUGCAUUCUGCCAGUCCGGGCCUGCUCCUCCUCAGCUUCCUCUUCCUCGCUGAUGCCGACUCACCCCCCAGAUUUACACGAACGCCAGAAGACCAAACAGGAGUCCAGGGUGGAGUGGCCUCCUUUGUGUGCCAGGCCACAGGGGACCCACAGCCCAAGAUUGUCUGGAACAAGAAAGGCAAAAAAGUCAGCAACCAGAGAUUUGAGGUAAUAGAAUUUGACGACGGGUCCGGCUCGGUCCUGAGGAUCCAGCCACUGAGGACUCCCAGAGACGAGGCUAUUUACGAAUGUCAUGCCUCCAACUCUGCAGGAGAAAUCACUGCCUCCACCAGACUAAGUGUGCUACGAGAAGACCAGUUGCCCUCGGGGUUCCCCACCAUAGAUAUGGGUCCCCAGCUGAAAGUGGUGGAGCGUUCUCGGACCGCUACCAUGCUCUGUGCCGCUAGCGGCAACCCUGACCCAGAAAUUACCUGGUUCAAGGAUUUCCUGCCAGUCAAUACAUCCAGUAACAACGGACGAAUCAAGCAGCUCCGCUCAGAGUCCUUUGGUGGCACGCCCAUACGAGGUGCUCUCCAGAUAGAGAUGAGUGAGGAGUCAGACCAGGGGAAGUAUGAAUGCGUUGCGACCAACAGUGAUGGGACACGCUAUUCCACCCCAGCGAACCUCUAUGUUAGAGAGCUGCGAGAAGUGCGUCGUGUCCCCCCUCGCUUCUCCAUCCCCCCAGCGGACAGCGAGAUCAUGCCAGGGGGCAACGUCAACAUCACCUGUGUGGCAGUAGGCUCCCCUAUGCCGUAUGUGAAGUGGAUGCUGGGAGCAGAGGACCUGACGCCCGAGGAUGACAUGCCCAUCGGGCGCAACGUCCUGGAACUGACUGACGUACGUCAGUCCAACAAUUACACGUGUGUCGCUAUGUCAACGCUUGGUGUGAUUGAGGCGGUGGCACAGAUUAUUGUGAAAGCUUUGCCAAAGGCUCCUGGUAUCCCUGUGGUGACAGAGAGAACUGCAACAAGCAUUACACUCACCUGGGACUCUGGCAACCCUGAGCCUGUCUCCUACUAUAUCAUACAGCACCGUGCCAAAGGGUCAGAGGACCCCUACAAAGAGAUUGAUGGCAUCGCCACAACGCGCUACAGUGUGGGUGGCCUCAGCCCAUACUCCCACUAUGACUUUCGGGUAGCAGCCGUUAACACCAUUGGCCAGGGCCCCUCCAGCGAGGUGGUGGAGGCUCGGACAGCCGAGCAAGCCCCCUCCUCGCCCCCUCGACAGGUCAGAGGUCGAAUGCUGAGCACGACAACAGCAAUUAUCCACUGGGAUGAACCAGAGGAACCUAACGGACAGGUGGUGGGCUACAGAGUCUACUACACCUCGGACAACACUCUGCCAGUCAACCAGUGGGAGAAGCAGAUGGUGCGCAGCGCCAAUUUCAUCACCAUCCAGGGUUUGACUCCCAACAAGACUUAUUACAUCAGAGUGCUGGCCUUCACAUCUGUAGGAGACGGACCCUUGUCCCAGGACCUGCAGAUUAUAGCAAAGACUGGAGUUCCAUCCCAACCUUCAGAAUUUAAGGGGGAGGCCAAGUCUGAGACCAGUAUCUUGUUGUCCUGGGUAGCCCCACCCCAGGGUGGUCCCGACAACCAGAUCACAGGAUAUGAACUGGUCUACCGACGAGCUGAUGACACAGAGGAGAAGAAAGUGAGCUUUGAGCCUACCACCUCGUACCUGUUAAAUAACCUGAAGCCUUUCUCCACCUACACCUUCCAACUGGCUGCCAAGAGCAAGCAUGGAAUUGGGGCGUAUACCAACGAGGUGUCCAUCGACACGCCACAGACGCUUCCUUCAGCACCUCCUCAGGACAUCACAUGCACCAGUCCUAGUUCUACCAGCGUCCUGGUAAGUUGGGCUCCACCUCCUCUGGAGUUUCAGAAUGGCAUCAUUACAGGAUACUCCAUCCAGUACUCCACUACUGAGGGCAACAAGAUGUCUAAAAGAAUUGAUGGAAUUCCUCCGGAAAGUUCUCCGUAUCUCCUGGAAAACCUAGAGAAAUGGACUGAGUACGGCAUAACAGUACGAGCGCAGACGGAAGCUGGGGAUGGACCAGAAAGUUUACAGCUGCUUAUCCGCACCGAGGAAGAUGUUCCAAGUGGUCCUCCGCGAGGGGUGGAGGCAGAGACUGUGAACGCCUCGGCUGUUAGGGUGAAAUGGCGAGCACCGGCGCCCGAACGGCAGCACGGUCAGAUCCGAGGCUACCAAGUCCACUAUGUGAGGAUGAACUACGGAGAACCUCAGGGUCAGCCCUUCGUGAAGGACAUCCUCAUAGAGGACUCUCAGUGGGAAAAUGAUGAAUCAGCUGAAUAUGAGGUGGUUCUUGGAGACCUGAAGGCAGACACUUCCUACUCUGUAUCAGUGGGGGCUUACACCGCCAAGGGUGAUGGCGCUCGCAGCAAACCUGUUUCUGUCUGUAGCGCCCUUCCACUGCCUGAGAAGCCCAAACUGAUGGUGAGUGCCACUGAUUCAGGUACUGCUUUGCUUCAGUGGUACCCACUUCCUAACCCACCCACCCCGCUCCUGGGGUACCGCCUCACCUUUGGCCGCAUCGACGUUCUUCCCUUUACGGUAGUGGAGUUCCCCUCCAAGGAGAACCGCUACACCGCCCAGGACAUCCACAAGGGAGCUAACUAUGUGUUCAGACUCUCUGCCCGUAACAAAAUGGGCUACGGAGAGGAGGCUGUAAAGGAAGUGACAACUCCGGAAGACGUCCCAAGUGGAUACCCAGAAAAUAUUAUCUUAGAGGAAGCUUCCGCCACCUCCCUCCAGCUGAUGUGGAAAUCAGUUCCACUAAUUGAGCAAAAUGGGAAAAUUGUGAAGUACUCAGUGCUGUAUAAGGAUAUAAACAGUCGAGGGAACGCCUCAGAAGUUGUGCUGCCCGCUCCAGGGUCGAGUGUUUUGUUGGAGGGCCUGAGUGCCGAUACUGUGUAUGAUGUCAGGUUGUGCGCAUUCACAGCUGUCGGCCCUGGGCCUUACAGCCCCAGUGUCCAGUUUAGGACUCAGCGGCUAGACCAAGUUUUUGCCACCAACUUCAGAGUAAAGGCUGCCAUGAAGAACUCUGUUCUGCUGUCCUGGGAGAUCCGAGACAAGAACCCUGCCCAGCCAUUCACUAUCUUGUAUGGAAAAGGCCAGUCUGUGGAAGUAGACGGGAAGCAGACUCAGAAGCUGAUCACUGGCUUGGAGCCAGACACCCAGUACUCCUUUCUGCUAACCAACCGGGCCAACAGCGCAGGGGGUCUGCAACACCGUGUCACCGCCACCACCGCCCCUGACAUCCUAAAAACCAAGCCCAUGGUGGUGGGAAAGACCAACGCAGACGGCAUGGUGACUGUGCAGCUUCCAACUGUGCAGACCACAGCCAAAGUCAGGGGUUACUAUGUGGUGGUGGUGCCACUGAAGAAGCAGAGAGGAGGGAAGUUCCUGAAUCCCUGGGAGGAGCCUGACCAGAUGAACCUGGAUGAGCUCCUGAAAGAGAUCAACAGGACCAGUGUCAGUCGUGCCCUCCGCAUCCGCAGACAGGCUGGCCAGUCAGAUCCUAAGGCCUAUGUCACUGCUCACUUUAAAACCCUACCCCUAGAGUUCACACUAGGUGAUGGGCGAAACUAUGGUGACUUCCGCAACCGUCCACUGCAGAACGGACAGGAGUAUGUUUUCUUUGUGCUUGCACUGCUAGACCUCUCUGAGAAUACUAUGUACGCCACUAGUCCCUAUUCUGACCCCGUGACCUCAUCGGAUGUGGAUCCUCAGCCGAUCGUAGAUGAGGAAGAGGGUCUAUUGUGGGUGGUGGGGCCUGUGCUGGCUGUCAUCUUCAUUGUCUGCAUCGUCAUCGCCAUUCUCCUCUUCAAGAGCAAACCUGACAGGAAAAGGGCAGAGGCCGAAGGCAGGAAGGGCAGUUUCCCCUGCAGCAAAGCCAUGUCGUCCCACCAUCCCACUGACCCUGUGGAGCUACGCAGAAUCAACUUCCAGACUCCAGCCUAUCGUGUAUCAGUGUACCGUGGUUAUCGCCGUUUGUCAAGCAUGGCAAGUCACCCGCCCGUCCCCAUCUCCGAGCUGGCAGAUCACACUGAGCGCCUCAAGGCAAACGACAAUCUCAAGUUCUCUCAAGAGUACGAGUCCAUCGACCCCGGUCAGCAGUUCACAUGGGAGAACUCCAACUUGGAGGUCAACAAACCAAAGAACCGCUACGCUAACGUCAUUGCCUAUGAUCACUCCCGGGUUAUACUCUCCAGCAUUGAGGGUGUCCCAGGCAGUGACUACAUCAACGCCAACUAUAUUGAUGGCUACCGCCGUCAGAAUGCCUAUAUCGCCACUCAAGGAUCCCUCCCAGAGACCUUCGGGGACUUCUGGAGGAUGGUCUGGGAGCAGCACACAGCCAACAUUAUCAUGAUGACCAAGCUGGAAGAGAAGUCACGGGUGAAGUGUGAUCAGUACUGGCCAACACGGGGCACAGAGACCUACGGCCUAAUCCAGGUCACUCUGCUGGACACAGUGGAGCUGGCCACCUACUCUGUCCGGACCUUCGCUCUUUACAAGAGCGGCUCCAAUGAGAAGCGUGAGGUUCGUCACUUCCAGUUCACGGCCUGGCCAGACCACGGGGUGCCUGAACACCCUACACCCUUCUUAGCCUUCCUGCGCAGGGUCAAAGCCUGCAACCCGGCAGAUGCAGGACCCAUGGUCGUCCAUUGCAGUGCUGGAGUGGGUCGCACGGGCUGCUUCAUCGUGAUCGACGCCAUGGCGGAGCGAAUAAAGCAUGAGAAGACCAUCGACAUCUACGGCCACGUCACGCUGAUGCGCUCCCAGAGGAACUACAUGGUUCAGACGGAGGACCAGUACAUCUUCAUUCACGAUGCACUGCUGGAGGCUGUGACCUGCGGGAACACCGAGGUCCCCGCAAGGAACCUGUACUCCUACAUCCAGAGACUGACGCAGAUCGAACCAGGAGAGAAUGUCACCGGCAUGGAGCUGGAGUUCAAGCGUCUGGCCAGUGCCAAGGCCCACACAUCACGGUUCGUGAGUGCCAACUUGCCAUGCAACAAGUUCAAGAACCGGCUGGUGAACAUCAUGCCCUACGAGACCACGCGUGUGUGUCUGCAGCCAAUCAGAGGAGUGGAGGGAUCUGACUACAUCAACGCCAGCUUCAUUGAUGGAUACAGGCAGCAGAAGGCCUACAUAGCAACCCAAGGCCCGCUGGCUGAGACCACAGAGGACUAUUGGAGGAUGCUGUGGGAACACAACUCCACCAUAGUUGUCAUGCUAACAAAACUGAGAGAAAUGGGACGGGAGAAAUGUCACCAGUACUGGCCGGCAGAGCGCUCAGCCAGGUACCAGUACUUUGUGGUGGAUCCCAUGGCUGAGUACAACAUGCCCCAGUACAUCCUCCGAGAGUUCAAAGUCACUGAUGCCAGGGACGGCCAAUCUCGAACAGUUCGUCAGUUCCAGUUUACUGACUGGCCAGAGCAAGGAGUGCCAAAAUCAGGGGAGGGUUUCAUUGAUUUCAUUGGCCAGGUGCACAAAACUAAAGAACAGUUUGGCCAGGAUGGGCCAAUAACUGUGCACUGCAGUGCUGGAGUAGGGAGGACUGGUGUGUUCAUCACACUCAGCAUCGUGCUGGAGAGGAUGAGGUACGAGGGAGUGGUGGAUAUCUUCCAGACUGUCAAGAUGCUGCGCACCCAGAGACCUGCCACCGUUCAGACAGAGGACCAGUACCAGUUCUGCUACCGGGCCAGUCUGGAGUACCUGGGAAGCUUUGAUCACUAUGCAACAUAAACCCAGUGGUCGUCUCUCAUGCCACAUCCCACCUAGUGCACUUUUCUUUGGUCACACACGGCCUGAAUUAAUGCACUAGGCUGCGAUGUGUCUUUGAAGAUUUUUACCACCACAUGCAGAGUGAAGGGGGACCAUCGGCUUAUCCCGUACCCAGAAACAGCACCUCUAACUGAGCCAUAGUAACCUGCUUGACAAGGGUGUUUCCUUCCACCCUCAGCCCAAACACACCCAUUGGUCAGUCUGAAGAAGCAACUUCAACCACUGUUCCAAUCAGAAUACUUGAUCAGAUAUUGAUUUUUAUUCAUUUUCAGUGCUUUUGUGAGCACCCAGGUUGCUUUACAUUGUUUGGGUGUGGAACUCUCACCUCGUCCACCACCAGUGUAGCAUCACCAAUACAGGACCCGGCUACAGUAUUUAGCUGUCACAGGAAAUUUAGAUUUUUCUAUCUUGAGGACUGUCUAGAAGGAGUCUACAAAAUCCAUCUUAUGGAAGCCUCGUGGACUGAAAGAACUGGGACUUUUGAGCACCAGAGAAUUGCCAACAGGAGACUGAAAACACAGAGCACACCGUAUUAAAAAAGAACACACAUCCCAAAAGAAGUGUUUUUUUUCUGUUUUGUUUUAGGAAACAGACUCUCGUUUCCUGUGAAUGAUAAAGAAGAUAUUUCUACCAUACAGUAAUAAAAACCACCAGUUCAACCUUAUGCUUCACGAUUUAAGAUAAGGGAAAUUUAAAAGAGAGGUUUAAAAUGCAUACCACAAAGUAAAACAUUCAUUUAGUUUUUUAGAAAAAUAUAGAUAUGUGACUAUCUUGUUUUUUAAAAACUGGGUAUUCCUUGUGGCACGUUCUGUUUUUGUUUUUUACAGAUUUAUGACUUUGUCCCCACCAACGUUACAAAGUUGUAAUUUUUCUUUCUUUUUCUGUGUAAUCAAAUGAGCUGUAGCGAUUUUUUUUAAGUGAUACGGUACUGUUUUAAAUUGUACAAUCAAAUCUAGUGUGGAAAAUGUUCACAAUGCUAUGAAAAACACCACAAUUGGGUGUCACUCUCCUGUAUUCUCUACCCACGCACACACGUUUCGCAUGCACACAGGACCUUAUUUCUACCUGGCCUGCAGUGUGUCAGUGAGGGCAGCCAUUUUUGAAUUCCCACUGGGCCCAUAGAGGUACAAUAUUAACCCUGCUGCUACCAGAAAGAAGAAUCUUACCAAGAUGUUCUGUUUGCAGGUUGUGAGAAAGCCAGAUAAAACACAACUACAGAGAGUAUGCACAGAAAGCAAAAUAUGAGAAAAAAAGUAUUUAUGUGUCCAAUUAAGCUUCACAAAGAUUUCUCAAGCAGGGAGCGAGAAAGGGAUGUAGAAGACAGGGUGGGAUGGGAAGGUCAGGGAAGGAACAAUUGUCUCACUGAAAUGCUCACCUAUGACUUUUCUCUCUGUCUGAUUCAGUGUGCAAUAAGUAGAUGUAUUAUAUAUUUUUGUGUCAAGUCACUAACUGCAGUUAUAUGCCAUUAUGAUGACGAUACUGAUGACGGUGCAUCAUUUUCCAGACACAAGGAUGUUACGCUCCAUAUGGUUCUCACCACCGUUUAACCUGUCCAAACAGAGGGACGUCCUCUUAGGAAGUAGAUCUUUUAUCACGUCACAACUCCAGUAGAUGAUGUCAUCCUUCUAUGUGUCAUGGAAACCAACGAAUGAUCGGACUCAUAUUUCAAACAGCAUCUAAUAAGUAUUUUGAUUUUAGAUUUCUAGUGCCUUAUAUUACACGCCUAUUUUGAUAAAGUUACUUUAAAGGGUUUUUUUUGUGUAUUUUACGUGUGUAUGCUUGUGCGUAUGUGAACUGAAUGUCUGUGCAUAUGAUUUUGUUAUGUUACAGUAUGUGAAUAAGUGUCUUGUUCUGUUUUUGGCUGUGAAAUUAUGUAUGGGAGGCUCUGUGUAGGCUGGAUAGUUGUACUCAUUACUUUCAACCCAGCAACAACAUCAUCAUAUCUCUUUAAAUACGAAAAUAAAAACAACAGCUACUAAUCAUAUCUUACAUGAGACUCAACUACAUGUGGUUUCAAAAUAGGUUAUCAGCAGGAUAGUCUGAUCAGUGUGGAAAGAAAAAAGUUUCUAUGUUGACAGCUUUCCGUCUUUUACUUCCUGGGACACUUUGCACAAGCUUUGUGUAUAUACUCUUUCAUUCUGACUUCAGUUUGACUGCCAUGAAAUUUUGGCCACACUAGCAACUUUUGGCACGGACUGUCAGCUGGCUCAGACAAGCCAUACUUACUCAGCUAUGUAGAAGUCUAUAUAAAGCAGAAAGGCAGUGGUUAUCUCUGUCAGUUUUGAGAAAAAAGCAAAACUGCAAACCCUAUGGUAACACUCAUGUAUCCCACCUGAAGCCCUUCACCUAAAAUCAGUCAAACUGGUCAUCUGUUUUCCACGUUCUGAUGUCUACAAUAUAUUUUUUUUCCUUUAACGACAAAAGCUGAGAGAAGUUCAGGUGCUACACUACGUCUCCAAUGACACAGAAGCUACGUCUUUUUUUCUUUUUGGACCUCCAUUAACGCUUGACCAUACAAGGGGUCGUUGACAGUUUUCCACCAUCUUACAGUAACCCUGUUGUCGUUUUUUUUUUGUAUGCAUGGUACCACUUUUGAGAUGCCCCUAUGGUCGCACCUGUUAUGGGAAGACUUGCACUUUCUCUCUUUGUACUAUGCACUAAUACUAGUAUCCUAUUAUCUCUGAUAGCCCCCACCUCCCCACCACCAAAAGGAGUUUUACUUGAACUCAGUAAAGAUGGAUCCUGUAAUGCUCACAUGGUUGUGUAUAUGUAAAUAACACAAAACACAGAGAGUAAUUGAAUAAAUAAAUGAAUAAAUAAAUAAAGGAUUAUGGUAAAGAGUGAAUAAAAAUCUAUCAGAUAUACAGAGUGAUAAAAGGAUGCACCUGAAAUCACAGUUUAUGGCACAGCAGUUAUGUGCAAUACAUCACAUUGUGGAUUUGUUGUACCACAAAAAGAGAAGUCUCACAAAAAAAGUGUUCUAUUUUACCCCCAAUGUAUCAUGUAGAUGGAUAAAACUGGAGUUUAUAAAUUGUAUAAAAACGAAAAUAUGGUGUGUUACUUGGAUCAGUUACCUCCAAUUGGUCUGUAAAUGUAAACUUUUUUGUUUGUUUGUUUUCUGCUCCGAGUCAACAAGUGCUUUUUAUUUUCUUACAUUCGUUCUCGGAGUGUGUGAAAACCGAAAAACAGGUCUGUAUGGAUUUCUGUUCUCUGUCGACACAAGUUUCAUUUGUUACAAAUAAACUCAAGUGAAAUAAUU